UUUCUGACAGAACCUGGCAACCCGGAGAGCAGCAUGGCGGCGGUCAGGAGCCUGCGAGUGUCCCUCCCGUCCGGCAGCGGCUCCGACCGCUCGGACUCGGACUCGGAGUCGGACCGGGACCCGCGCGAAGCGGAGCCCAUGGAGGUGGAGGAGGGCGAGCUGGAGCCGGAGUCGGGGCCGGGGCCGGAGGACGUGUCGGUGAAGCGGUCUCUGAAGGAGCUGCUGCCGGACACGAGUCGGAGAUACGAAAACAAGGCCGGAGCUUUCAUCACUGGGAUCGAUGUCAACUCAAAGGAGGCAAUCGAGAAGAAGGAGAAGAGAGCGCAGCGUUUUCAUUUCCAGGCCGAGGAGAGCGCCCAGAGGAACGUCUGCCUCGACAAGGACAGCAUCAAGAAAGCGAUCCCUCAGGUGCGUCUGGAGGCGGUGCACAUGUGUGGGGUGGAUGACAUGAGUACCCAGGACGUGUUCGGGUAUUUCAGAGAGUACCCGCCCGCCCACAUCGAGUGGAUCGACGACACCUCCUGUAACGUGGUUUGGUUGGAUGAAGACACGUGCAUCCGAGCGCUUGUCAACACCAGCCGCAUGCCCCGUCCCUCCGACACCGUCCCCGAACCCACGGACCAGACGGGCGCAGAGGACAGCCAAUCAGAGAGCAGCAAAGGACGCAGAGGUCAAAGGUCGGAUGACGAUGAGGAGGAGGAUGAAGAGGGGGAGGUGGAGGUGAAGAAGGAGGCGACAGAGACGGCGCCGGAGGGACAGUUGCAGGAUUUGUCUGGAGCCGAGAUGGAGUCUCUGAUGAGGAAUGACCUUCGACCUGCCCUCAAACCGUUUAAAGGAAACAAACUCCUGCUGCGAUUCGCCACACACGACGAUAAGAAGGAGCCUGGAGCAGCACGACGCAGCAGAUACUACAUGAAAUACGGAAACCCCAACUAUGGAGGCAUGAAGGGCAUCCUCAGCAACUCAUGGAAGCGCAGAUAUCAUAACCGUCGGAUCCAGAGGGACGUGUUGAAGAGUAAGAAGCCUUUGAUCGGGGACAGUCUGGGCCACACGCCCCCGUACCCCCACAGGCACUCGGCUGAGCUGGUGAACCUCCCAGAGGAGCCCAUAAAGGAGGAGGAGGAGGACGAGGAUGAAGACAUGGACUCUGACGACCGCGUGGUGGAGUACAGGGAGAGGGGGGAGAGGGAGGAGAAGGGGGAGAAGGGGGAGAGAGAGAGGGGCGGGAGGGCCACAGCGCACAGCCGAAGCCCCUCCUCUCGCUCCACCUCCGACUCUGACGACAUGGACUACGACCUGGAGCUGAAGAUGAUCUCCACUCCAUCUCCCAAGAAGAGCAAGAAGAUGACCAUGUACGCGGACGAGCUGGACAACCGCCUCAAGAGCAUCCGGAACCGUCUGGGUGGAGGAGCUCCUCAGAGGAAGCCCUCGCCUCCACCCAAAGUCACCGAUGUGCGACAGCUGCUGGAGGAGAAGAGGCAGGGGCAGCGGAGAGAGCGCCCCCCACAGGCGUCCACGGGGAAGACAGAUGUUCGCCACCGUUUGGGGAAACGACAGCGCUCCCCCUCCCCCCGCUCGCCGUCGCCCCCACGGGACCCUCCCCCUGAGCGAGAGCCAAUCAGAGAUGUGCAUCGCAGACUGGGCGUGGCCAAGGACAGGAAGACAGGAGGUUUGUGGAGCCGUUUGGGUUCAUCGGAUGACGAUUCUGCCCCGGUCCGUCGUGCCGCCUUCUCCACAUCCACCAGGGCGGCGACAGAGAGGCACAAACCGCGAGCGCACAGACGGGACACAGAGGAGGAGGACGAAGAGGAGGAGCAGGAAGAGGACUCACAGCUGCAGCGUGUUUGGGGCGCCAUGAUCAAAAAGAAACAAUCCAGUCACAAAAACGUCAAAAAGAGUCGCCUGGACAACCUACCGUCGCUCCAGAUCGAGAUCAGCCGCGACUCCACAGACGAGUCGGACAACUGACCCGAAAACCAGGCAGAGGGUUCCCCCGAAAACCAGGCAGAGAGUUCCCCCGAAAACUAGGCAGAGAGUUCCCCCGAAAACCAGGCAGAGAGUUCCCCCGAAAACCAGGCAGAGAGUUCCCCCGAAAACCAGGCAGAGAGUUCCCCCGAAAACCAGGCAGAGAGUUCCCCCGAAAACUAGGCAGAGAGUUCCCCCGAAAUCAGAAAGAGAGUUCCCCCAAAAUCAGCAAAAGAGAUCACCAAAAAGUACUUGAAAGGCCACCACACACUACAAGAGAAUUUUCCGGAUUUUGACUGCGAUUUGCUUCUUCCUGAGUUCAGGGAGGCGUAACCUGACUUUGUGUCUGUAUGUGAUUUUGCAGCAACCACCAAACAUCAGCGACGCUUCGGUAACAGCCAAUAAAACAGAGCGUCAGGGGCGGAGGAGUGACGGACACAGAAACGCAAGAUAAUAAUCUCGUAAAGUUGUAAAUUAAAACAUCUCUAACAUCUCUAAAGCAUCUCAUCCACAUUAUCCAUAGAAUUUGUCCUGUGCGAAUAAUGACCCCAGUCGACAAAACUGCACUGUGAAUCCAGUUUGAGGAGUUCUUUAAAAGUAAAAAGGUGGGAGUAGUUCCUCACGUGUUUGUUUACAUCCACACAGCACACGGAUCGAGGUGAAGCUGCAGAUUAACGAUACUAACUCAACUUCCUGUGAACCUUAUCGCCUCUUUUAUGCUUUAAAAAUCAUGUACAUGAAGUUUUACACCACAUUUCACAAAUAAUAACACAGUUUUGACUCGUGUCUAAACUAAUAGUGCAGAGCUCUGAUCUUUUGAACACGUAAGCGUCUCAAAGUGAGUGGUUUUAUUGUAGAUAGGAAACAACAGAUGAAAUUGCGCUCUUAACUUUAUACCUUGUGGUUCUCAGAUAUAUCUCGCUGCAGUCUUUGCGUUCAGAGAUUUCAAAAUCCUGGAAAAGUCGUGGAAUUUCAGUAUCUUUUUCACGCAGCUCCAGUGUUCUGUUAAGUUCUCAUUGGACUAUUAUUAUUAUUUUCAAACAUCUGUGCCUUUUGUUUAAAAGAGACGACAAUAAAUGCACUGACAGGAUUUUAAAUGUUAAAAAACUAUAAUCCCAAACCUUGAGGUGAGAGGAAAGAGUUAACAUUUCAUAUUUAGCCUUAAAAGUUGCUCAAUUCUACACACGUAAGUGCCGUAAAAUCAUGGAAAAUUCACUUUAGGUCAUGAAAAGUUUUGAAAUUCUGUCAAACUCAUAAAAUUCUCCUUGUGUCUGUGGCGUGCGCUUUUUGUCACAUGUUUAAGAGUCAUUCAAGACUGAAAAAUCCUGUAGUGUGUGGCGGCCUUAAAGCAGAGAUGUCCAAAGUCAGACCUUCUAGUGAAUUGGACCAGAAAAUUAAAAGCUGACCUAAAAUAAAUGAACAGACAUUCCAUAGAAGAGCCGCUGUUGCAGGUGCCAUGUUGCAGGUGCCACAUCGGAUGACAUUCUGAUUUUAGCACACAUGAAUGGGCUGGUGAACUUAAAGAAAUGUUCAGCACUAGAGCCCAGGGACCCGCACUUACCGUAUUUUUUGGACUAUAAGUCGCACCAGCCAAAAAAUGUGGAAUGGAGAAGAAAAAAACAUAUAUAAGUUGUACUUUUUGGGUGAAAUUUGUUGUAUAAAAUCAGAGACCAGAAACUGACAUUUCCUGUGUAAAGUCAAGUUGUAGUAAAAACAAUAGAAGAGAGAACAACAGACUGUUAACGUCACAUAUGAACAGUUCUUCAGAUAAACUAUAACAUAAACAACAGAACAAGUUUAACAAACUCUCCAUCUCACUCCAAAUCACAAAAUCCAUUCAAUUCUUCAUCCUCUGUGUCACUUCUGAACAACUCCUCGACCUCUGGAGGUAAACAGAGCGUCGCUUCCUCUUCUGUGUCGCUGUCGUCAGACUCGGCAUCAGUUCCAGGUAGAAUUAUUGGGGCCUUUCUGAAUCCCGACAGGAUGGUUUCUGUGUCACUGAAGUCCAGACUUUGUCCAUCCAUCCAGUGACUUCAGAAAAGUUUCAUGAUGCAUCCUCCCAGUUGCCGUGAAGCUGUGUUCUCCAUCCCCGCUUUCCUCCAGUCUUUCACAAGUUUCUCACUCACUUCAAACUUUCUUUCUGCUGCUCGAUUACUGUUUUCGGCUGCAGAUUUCACGACUUGCAGCAGGACAGAGGCUCUUUCCACAGUAGAGCCAAGUGACAGUGGUACAGGAGGAACUGGAGCAGCAGAUACUGACACACAAGACUAGAACCUCUCGACACUUCACUGAGAACAUUUUAAUAUAUAAGUCUGACUGGAAACACCCAAACCAUGAAAAAAGUGCAACUUAUAGUCCGAAAAAUACAGUAAUUCAGAUUUUAGAAACGGGUCUGAGACAAUGUGGUCACAGUAUCCGAAACAUCAAUUUAGCGCGACAAGAACAGGGUUUGGCUGUGGACGCCAGGUUGGACAGUGAAGAGAAAUGUCGAUUCAACAUUGUGGAAAGGAGUUUAAACCCAGUGACAGUUGCAUUUAUGAAGUAACUACAUUUUUAUUUUGAGUCAUACUUCAUUCCAUAUAUUUGAAGCAAUGUGUGUAAAACUGAGCUUUUAAUAAUUCUUGUAAAAACUGAUGCCAAAAUCCAGCUUCGAGGAAAACGUACGAGAAGUUACUGAUGCCGUUUUGACUCGCCACCCUCAAAAUGUGUUAAUUUCAAACCGCAUUUAGCAAUCGUGGGCUCUGCUUUACACUUUUGCGUGACAAUCUAUGAAAUUUGGAAGGUCCUUCACUGAUUAUACCCAAAUGUGUUUAACAAAAGCUCCUUAAAUCAUCCUGCUUUCUGAUUGGUGGACAAGGCUUGAGUUCUGGUUUCUGAUUGGUGGAGCGCUCACCCCUGAAGACACUGUGGACCAAUCCGCUCUCUGUUUGGGAAAAACUCUGGACUGAUCCUGGUUUAGGCUGAAACGAACUUUUGUGACGAGAAUCAGAAAACAUGAAUUUGCAUCUCCACUUUGUAAAUAAAAACGUUUUUUGUUUGAUA